CCCGGUGGCGCGAGGAAGUCCCCUCGCGCGGGUACAAGAGCGCGGGCGCGAGCGAGCCAGUAGCACCUCAGCCAUGCCGCGCUGUCUCCAGCUCCUGCUCCUGAGCUGCGCCUGCAGCCUUGCGCCCGCCACACGAGAGGUGAAGGUGGCCUGCUCCGGGACGGUGGACCUGCCCUGCCCCGCACCUUGGGACCCACAGGUCCCCUACCAGGUGUCCUGGGCCAAGCUCACAGAGGGUGGCGAGGAGAGAGUGGAGUCACCCCAGGAAGACGUACACCUUGGUGGACAGAGCUAUGAUCAGAGAACACAAAACGGCUCUUCCAAAGCCCCUGAAGAAAAGCCCUAUUCCCUGAAGAUCCAGAACACUACCAGCUGCAGCUCGGGGACGUACAGGUGUACUCUGCAGGAGCUGGGAGGCCAGAGGAACCUCAGCGGUGUGGUGACUCUGAAAGUGAUAGGAUGCUUUAAGGAACCUAAAGAAACAACAUUCAGAAAAUACAGAGCUGAGAUUGUCCUGCUCUUUUCGCUGGUCAUUUUCUACUUAACACUCAUCAUUUUCACUUGUUUUGCACGACUACAGAGUAUUUUCCCAGACAUUUCUAAACCUGGUAUGGAGCGAGCUUUUUUCCCGGUCGCCUCCCCAAAUAAGUAUUUGGGGCCAGUGACUCUUCACAAGACAGAAGUGGUGUGAACAGGAUUUCCGCUGGGUUUUUGAAGUCAAGGGCUCAGUGCUGUGCCAGGCUGCCAUGGGACAAGAGAAGAAUGAGCCCCACCUAGAAGAUGACACCCUGCCUGUGAGGUCUUUCAUCUGACUGAGAACAUCUGAAAGGAUCCCACCCACUUUGUGCUUGCGGGGUCUUGAAAACCAUCACGUGAUCACAUAGCAUGGGCCAUUGCUACUUCUGCACGGCUGCCAUCUUGGAUUUUAUGCAGCUAUCUGGUCAACCUCUUGGACACUCUUUCAGUCGCACAAAAGCUAUAGUGAGAUGCAGUUGGAAACGGGUCUUGGGAAAUUUGAAUACCCGGAGCUGGCCCUGUGAUUGAUUCCUAAGGACAGCUAUCCUCUUCCACAUCUGGGAAAUAUUUCUUUGAAUUUUCUGUGUUUUGUUGCACCAGCCCAGAUGUCUUAUCUUACAUCUGUGAAAGAUUGACAGGCCAAGCUGUGAGAUAGUGAGAAAUAUUUGUCAAAUAAUUUCCUGGUGUGAAGGUUCUGCUAUUACUAAGGAUGAUUAUGUUUAUAUAGAAGUGAAAGAUCGGUGGACUGGUCCCCAAAGGGCCUUUACAUCUGGGAAAGACACCCAUAAAGAAGCAAUAAAGAAGAGUGCCACAUUUAUUUUUAUAUUUAUGUGUACUUAUCCAAGAAGGAUUUGUGUUUUUCUUCUUUUGAAAUCUAUCUAGUUAGAUAGCACUGCUAACUGUCAAGCAGUUAGGAUGUGGAGAGGGAGAAGAAUUCAGGGAGUGACAGUAGGACAGAGAAGAUAAAGAACUAUUGAGUGAUCUGUUUGGAAUACUAGACCAACCACGUCAUCUGAUUCUAGUCCCCAAUGUCUCACUACCUACCUGUAUGAGUUUGGACAAGUUUUUUAUGGUUCCUUCAUCAUCAGUUGUAAAAUUGAAGGCUGUUAUAUGGGUUGAUUAAAAUAAUAUAUGUGAA